CAUAUGGUCGAAAUUCGGUCGCUCAAAAUUUUGUCUAUUUUGAAAACAAAAACCACAACUAUAAAAUAAGCGGUCUUAUGGAUAUUGUAGAGCUUUUCACGCUGCAUCUUGUGUUAUAAUUUGUUGAAAAAAGUUCUCUGAAAUUUUUCUAUUUAUAUCUAUAUGAAAAUUGUCGCGAACUUUUUUGCCAUGCCUUAUUAUCAAAAUUGCAACAACAAAUAUUGAAGUGACCAUUAAACAAUAAUUUUCUCAUAGACUUUUAGAACACAUGAGUAGUAAGAAUAUGACAUUUGACGCAAAUUUUGCACGACCAUAAAAGAGAUCAUUCCCAAUGAAAAAGUUCUGAACUUGGUCUACACAUUAAAGAACUCAUAACAGUUUAAUUAUAUCGACAGUGAUUUAAAAGAAAAAUUGUUCGUAUUUUGUCAGUAAUGUUAAUCACUAUUAAUAAGCAAAUAAAUUGUUUAUUAUGUAAAUCUAUAAUAAAUGUAUUUCAUUUGUUUCAAACUUAAAAGUAUAUUUCAUUGUAUAACAAAACAAUUUAAACUAAAUUAGGAUGUGUUUCACAUUUCAGCUCCAAAGGGGCUGCGUUAACAAGCUUUUAUUUUGUUGUUCUAUUAUUAUAAAUCAUAGGUUUGUACAAAAUCUUGUUUUUUAUGGUGUUUCACAAAAUACGGGUGCUUGGUUACGUAAUCCAUACAUAUCAUUUGCAGCAGGUGCUCUUGUAGAAAUCGUUGCUUAUUUUGUUGUCCAUCGUAUUCUUCUUCGAUGGGGUCGCAAAGUAACUUAUUGUUCAUUUGUAAUUGGAUUUGCAAUAUUUGCAUUUCUUGUUGUACCAAUUCAAAUGUUAAUGAUUAAAGGCAGUCAUGGUCAACAUAAUCUCAUGUUCGUAGUUAAUGUUAUUCUUAAAUUGUUUGCUUCCGGUUCUUAUGCUAUCAUAUAUAUCUAUGCUAAUGAAGUAUUUCCUACGUCUGCUCGAAAUACAGGCAUUGGCAUUUGUUCAAUGGUUGCUCGAAUAGGAGCUAUUAUUGGUACAUUAUCGAACGACAUUUUGACUCGCGUAUGGCUAUAUUUUCCUAUUGUUGUCUUUGGUUUGACUUCCGUAAUUGCAGUUGCAUUUGUUGCAAUUUGUCCAGAAACAUUCAAUAAACCAUUGCCUCAAACAAUCGAGGAUGUCGAACAAAUGGGUCUUGCUUGGUAG